GUAAUGCUAGAGUGACAACAUACGGAGGACCACACAAUAUCAGAGUUCUGAAGGGACUUGAUGAAUCGAAACACAUCCUUCAUGCACCAAACCCCGAAGAAGUCGAAGCGUUAAGAGUCAUGAAUAGGAUCAAACGUAAAGCUACAGAAAAUCCUGAAGCUCCUCCAGCUCAAAUAUUACGAACUGAAUUGCGAAACGUUUCACCAGCGGUAUUAGCGGAAAUGCCAAACAGAAUUAAUUCCCGAAAAAGUCUUAGUCGUGAAAGAUUAAAAGAUUUUCCCUCGAACCCGCGAACGCUGAGAGAAUUGCAGGAUAUUCCAGGCUUUUAUCAAAAUUCAUUGAAUGGAGAUAAAUUUCUAAUUUACGACUCCUAUGAAAAUGACGAAGACUCAGAAUUUGGGAGAAUACUCGUGUUCGCGACGCCUGAAAAUUUAAGGCAAUUAUUCAGGAGCAUAUUGUGGUUUGCCGACGGAACAUUUAAAACUGCGCCAAGUAUAUUUUUCCAAGUUUUCGCAAUUCUCGGAGCAGUUACACAACCGGAUUCAAGAGGAAAACCACAAACUAUUGGUUUACCUUUUGUCUACGCAUUAUUAGAAAACAAAGAGCAGAAAGUAUACGAAAAAGUAUUCUCGGUUGUUUUGCAAGAGGCAGAACGUCUAGGUAUCGAUAUUUCUCUUCCGAUUAAAGUGAUGACAGAUUUUGAGUUGGCUAUCAUCAAUGCUGUAAAAAUCGUAAUGGGCGAAGACAAGGCACGCUGCUGUUUUUUCCACCUCUGUCAAAACAUGUACCGCCAUAUCCAAAGUGAAGGACUUCAGAAAAUGUAUUGCGAUCCUGAAGAUCGAUCGGUCAAAGUAGCCACUCAUAUGAUAUGUGCCCUUGCUUUCGUCCCACAUCAAAACAUCGCCCGAGAAUUCGAAACCUUAAAAAAUGAAAUACCGGAGGAAAUGCGACCAAUUUCAAAAUACUUUGACGCUACGUACGUCCGAGGAAAACCUGCAAAAGGCCGACGUAAACAGGUGCAUCCUCGCUAUGCUCCAGAUUUGUGGUGUCAAUAUGAUGCAGUCAUUCAACAAACUGCGAGAACGAAUAAUAUAUCCGAAGGAUGA